AUGGCUCCCUCCAACAAGAACCCCACCCACGGCCAAAAGGUCGACCUGGGCCGCAAAGCGCCCAUGAGCCACGAGGGCGUCGGCGCCGUGGAAUCCGGCUCCCUGGCCGCCGAAUCCGCCGCCUUCAAGUCGUCCAACGAAAUGUCCUCUUCCGAAUUUCGCUCUUCGAACCGUCCCCAGGAGGGCAUGAGCAUGGGCAUGAGCGGCAGCAGCGGCACUAGCCACCGCACCUCGGGCGGCAUCAGCACCCAGGCCCGGGACAAUGCCACGGGCCGCAUCACGGCCGACACCCAUCACCACACUGAGCAGCAGCAGCAGCAGCAGAAGUCAUCUUCGCGCGGGCUAGGAUCCCAGCAGCAGCAGUCCCGGCAGACCCAAACGAGCAGCGGCAGCAGCAGUGGUGGUGGCCGCCGCCGUCUGUCGGGCAACGGCCCGCAUGGCAAGAAUCUGCACGAGGAUAACAAUCUGACGGGUGAAAAUGCCAGCUUCACCCAGUACGGUACCGAAGCUGACCCCGCCUACCUGGCCGAGAGAAAGUUUGAGGCCAUGGAUAGUAUGCCGGCCGGCAGCACGGGAGGUGCGGGGCGCGAGAAGAAGAUUGACGAUAAGAAUAUUUACGAUGCUCUUGGGUCAGAGAGUAAUGCUUAA